AGUUCUGCGUUUGAUUGGUAAAUGUAGCGCAUGCGCACAGCCUAUUCUUCCUUUCUGCUAGCCUCUCCGCCAUGGCGCCUGUUCAGAAGAAGCAGAACACCGGCAAAGGUGGUAAGAAGAAGAAGCAGGUCCUGAAAUUCACACUGGACUGCACCCAUCCUGUGGAAGAUGGCAUCAUGGAUGCUGCCAACUUUGAGCAGUUUCUUCAGGAGCGCAUCAAGGUGAACGGGAAGGCCGGCAACCUGGGUAAUGGUGUGGUCUCCAUCGAAAGGAGCAAGAGCAAGAUCACAGUGUCCUCUGAGGUGCCCUUCUCCAAAAGAUACCUGAAGUAUCUGACCAAGAAGUACCUGAAGAAGAACAACCUGCGUGAUUGGCUGCGCGUCGUGGCCAACACCAAGGAGAGCUAUGAGCUCCGCUACUUCCAGAUCAACCAGGAUGAAGAGGAGGAGGAAGAUGAAGAUUAAUUGACAAUUCAUCAGAUUUUGUACAUUUAAAUAAAUGUUGUUUACAGUA